GGAAAGCUCUAUGCAAUCUUACCAAAACCGUUACAGAGAAAGGAAAUUACAGCCCACUAACAAGCUACGUGGGCUCCAAUAACGUUCAAGCCCACACAGCCCAUCUCUUCGCUCCCCUCGCACGAGUGUUAGGGUUUAGGUUCCUCGGGGCAUCCCAUUUAAAAGAGGUCUCUAGGGUUUCCACUCCGUCGCGCCGCCUUCCCUCCCCUGCCUCGUCGCGGAACAGUGCUCCCACCGCCGGCGCCAUGAGUAAGUUGCAGAGCGAAGCCCUGAGGGAGGCAAUCACAAGUAUUACCACUAACUCUCGUGACAAGCAGCGCAAGUUCAUUGAAACCAUUGAGCUGCAGAUUGGACUGAAGAACUAUGACCCCCAAAAGGAUAAACGUUUCAGUGGUUCUGUUAAGCUACCUCACAUCCCUCGCCCAAAGAUGAGGGUUUGCAUGCUUGGUGAUGCCCAGCACGUUGAAGAGGCAGGGAAAUUGGGCCUAGACUGUAUGGAUGUGGAAUCCCUCAAGAAGAUGAACAAAAACAAGAAGCUAGUCAAGAAGCUUGCAAAGAAAUAUCAUGCUUUCCUCGCAUCUGAGGCCAUCAUUAAGCAGAUUCCUCGACUUCUUGGACCUGGUCUUAAUAAGGCAGGGAAAUUCCCAACUUUGGUGUCUCAUCAGGAGUCCCUCGAAUCCAAGGUUAACGAGACCAAGGCUACUGUGAAGUUCCAGCUGAAAAAGGUUCUUUGCAUGGGUGUGGCCGUUGGCCACUGUGGUAUGGAUGAGAAGCAAAUCUUCCAGAAUGUGCAAAUGAGUGUGAAUUUCCUUGUCUCUCUAUUGAAGAAGAACUGGCAAAAUGUGAGAUGCUUGUACCUCAAGAGCACAAUGGGCAAGAUGCACCGGUUGUUCUAAGCCAUCAUCUGUUUAGGUCUCUAGAAAUUCGAGGAGUUUGACUACUUGGGAGCUUUUUUAUAUUCAGAGAUCCAAUUUUCGUGCAUCAAGUGAGAAUUAUGCAGUGCGAAUUAUUCUGUCUUGUACUGAGAUGUGUUUAUCUGUUCUGUGGGACUCACGACACUUAGCUAUUGAGCUCGCUCUAAGACAUCAUGGCUAUACUCUUUUGUGCUUCUCACUUAAGUAUUAGAUCUGUCUCUGAGGUUAAUCUGA